GCGGAGGGAGGCUGGAGAUGGGGGUGGGUAGAAGGAAGGGCCAUGCCAAGGAGCCCCAUCUCUCCUCCACAUUCUUCUCGUCCUCUCUUUCCCCAUUUCAUCUUGAAUAACUGCCCGUGGUGGGCCAUGCCUCCCAGCUCUGACCCUGGAAGCAGGCCCUGAUGGGAAAUGUAGAUCCUUAUAUGUUACAGCUGAGGUCCCGGCUCCCCCUCCCCCCCUCCGGUUCCGCCUGACCCUCCCCUCCCAGCCCGGCCCGCCCCUGGUCCUCCCCCCUGCUGCUCUGGCCCUACACAUUCCCUAUGUCUCUGCAGUCUGGCAACCUCGCCCUGUGGCGCAUGCAUGUAAGCCCAAGCAGUCCUCGAGUUUGAAAGAAAGUUCCUGGCCUGGGCCGGCAGGAGAUACCCCACCCCUUUCUCUUUGGGUCCGGCCUCUCUGAUUCUCCACGUGACCAUGAACCUGAAAACAGCCCUGGUGCUCCUGGUUCUCUCCAUCAUCACCAUCUUUGCCUUGGUUUGCGUCCUGCUGACAGGGAGGGGUGGGGAUGCUUCCAGCCAACCUCCCCGGUGCUCCUCACUGAACACCAAGAGCCAGCUCCGGCCACAUCCCGUCCAGAGCCGAAUCUUCUCCGACCUGACCCGGGAGGAGUUGGCCUCAGUGAUGGGCUUCCUGACCCGGCAGUUGGGGUCAGGGCUGGUGGAUGCAAGCCGAGCCAUCCCAUCUGAUAACUGCGUCUACUCGGUGGAGCUGCACCUGCCUCCCAAGGCUGUAGCCUUGGCCCACCUGGACAGGGGGGGACCCCCACCUCCUCGAGAGGCCCUAGCCCUUGUCUUCUUUGGCCAACAGGCCCGACCCAAUGUGAGUGAACUGCUGGUGGGACCACUGCCUAACCCCUCCUACCUGCGGGACGUGACUGUAGAACGUCAUGGGGGGCCCCUCCCCUACCACAGGCGCCCACUGUCCACGAAAGAAAUGGAAGAAAUGAACAAGAUGAUCACUGACCGCGUGUUGCCUCUUGCCGCUGGUCUCCUCCAUCGUUGUUGCUACCACAAUGGGAAGAACCUGUUGUCGGUGACCUCUGCGCCCAGAGGCCUGCGCUCUGGGGAUCGGGUCACCUGGUUUGGCAUCUACUACAAUGUCCAAGGUGCGGGCCUUUAUCUCCACCCUGUGGGGCUAGAGCUGCUCAUAGACCAUGGAGCCCUGGACCCCGCUCGAUGGACCGUUCAGCAAGUCUUCUACAAUGGUCGCUAUUAUAAGAGCAUGGGCUACCUAGAGCAAGAGUUUGAGGGAGGUCGGGUGGAGGUUGUAGAGAUGGCACCCAAUGGCACCAAAGUUGCCUCCUCUCUCAGGCCUCGAGUUCCUCCAGGCCCCCCUCCCCCACUGCAGUUUUCCCCCCAGGGCCCUCGAUUCAGUGUCCAAGAAAGUCAAGUGGCCUCUCCACUCUGGACCUUCACCUUUAGCCUGGAGUUGUACAGCGGUAUGAGGAUCUUUGAUGUCCGGUUCCAGGGGGAGCGAAUAGUCUAUGAGCUUAGCCUCCAGGAGGCUUUGACUAUCUAUGGUGGCAACUCCCCAGCAGCCAUGCUAACUCGCUAUUUAGAUGGCAAUUUUGGCAUGGGCUUGUUCUCCACACCACUGACCCGAGGAGUGGACUGUCCGUACCUGGCCACCUAUGUGGACUGGGACUUCCUUGCAGAUUCUGGGACUCCAAGGACAGUCCGUGAUGCUCUGUGCAUAUUUGAACAGAACCAGGGCAUCCCCCUGCGGCGGCACCAUUCCGAUAUCUACUCCUAUUAUUAUGGGGGCCUCCCAGGGACAGUGUUGAUCCUCAGGUCUGUGUCCACUCUGCUCAAUUAUGAUUAUGUAUGGGACAUGGCCUUUCAUCCCAACGGAGCCAUAGAAGUCAAAUUUCAUGCCACCGGCUAUAUCAGUUCAUCCUUUCUGUUUGGUGCUGGCCGAAGAUACGGGAACCAGGUUGGGGAGCACACCCUGGGCACCAUCCAUACCCAUGCUGCUAACUUCAAAGUCGAUCUGGACGUGGCAGGACAAGAGAACUGGGUGGUGGCAGAGGACAUGGCAUUUGAGUCUAGGCCUGUACCCUGGAACUCAGAGUAUAAGAUGCAGCAGAUGCAGCUGACACAAAAGACACUGGAGACUGAAGACCAGGCAGCCUUCCCCUUUGGGGGCACCACUCCUCGAUACAUCUACCUGGCCAGUAACCAUACCAAUGCCUGGGGUCACCGUCGUGGAUACCGGAUCCAGAUCAUUAACUUUGCAGGGCAGCCAAUGCCCCAGGAGAGCACCAUGGAAAGAGCCUUCAGCUGGGGGAGGUACCAACUGGCUGUGACACAGAGGAAGGAGGAAGAGCCUUCGAGCACCAGUAUUUAUAAUCAGAAUGAUCCCUGGACCCCCACCGUGAACUUCACUGAUUUCAUCAACAAUGAGACCAUAGCAGGCAAGGACCUGGUUGCCUGGGUGACAGCUGGCUUUUUGCACAUUCCUCACGCAGAGGACAUCCCUAACACCGUGACUGUGGGGAAUGGCGCUGGCUUCUUCCUCCGGCCCUAUAACUUCUUCGACGAGGACCCAUCUGUCCAGUCUCCUGACGCCGUCUACUUUCAGAAUGCCAAGGAUGCUGGGGUCUGUGAGGUCAACCCUGCUUCAUGCCUUUCAGAGACAGCCGCCUGUGCUCCUGAGCUCCCCAAAUUCACCCAUGGUGGUUUUAGAACAGGGUCUUAGGGCCUGGCUGUUGACCUCAGCGUUCAGAUAUGUGAGGAAGUAGGAGCACUGGAUUACUGUGUGAUUAAUACCAGGGCCGAAGCUCUACAGCUGUUCUCUCCACAGCUACCAGACUUUCCUUUUCCUCCCUGGAUGUGCAAACCUUUGAGAAUCAGUGAAUACUAAAGCUCAGGCUCACUUAUUCUAAAACUUGGUGGAUUGCUGGCUUCAGAGAGGAUAAAGGGACGAAUCCCCUCACCUGGGGCCCUGGCCCUGGGGUAGGUGGUCAAACUGUGGCCUAAAACAUUUAAUCUUUUCCCUUCUUUGACUUUUCCCAAAUUUGUUGAAAUCAGAAUGCUUUCAGGAUCUUCUUGUUUCUUUCUUUCUGUGAGAUUCCUGUUUCCUUAUCCCCUAAGGAAAUAACAGGUGGGGGAAGGGGGACUUGGGGGUAUAAUUAGGGAUGGGGGAGGAAUAGAUAUUAAGACUGGUGGACAUGGCAGCAAUGGAGGCCCUUGGAGGUUCCUUGUGGACUCCAGGACAGUCUUACCUAAGCCUCUAUUUAUUUAUAGAGCUACUGAAAUGUUCUAAUGUGCCUCUCUUCCAACUACAUCUCUCUUCCUCUGAGCUUUUAUACUCAGUCAUCCAUGGAUAUUUAUUAAGCACCUACUCUGUGCUAGGCAUUGUGCUGGGGCAUACAAAGACAAAGAAUGGAACAAUUCCUACUCUCAAAGUCUUUAGACUCUGACUUUCAAUAGACUGUAAGAUGGGGGGUGGGGUAGCUAUGUGGCUCAGUGGAUUGAGAGCCAGGUCUAGAGAUGGGAGGUCCUGGGUUCAAAUCUGACCUUAUAGACUUCCUAGUUGUGUGACCCUGGGCAAGUCACUUAACCCCCGUUGUCUAGCCCUUACCACUCUUCUGCCUUGGAAUCAAUACACAGCAUUGAUUCUAAGAUGGGAGGUAAGGGUUUAAAAAAAGAGAAUGUAAGAUCCUUGAGGGCAAAGAUCUUGAUUUUUUUGUCUUGCACAGUGCUUGGCUCAUAGUACAUGCUUAUAAAUGCUUUCAGCUUUUUUUUUUCAGCAACAGGAGAGUGAGAUUCUAUGACAAUGGCACCUGCACCACUUGCACCCCAUCCUCCACUCCCAUCUCUAAUGACCUUAAUAUCCAUCCUCUCCUUCUUGUGGUCUUGAGGAUAUAGUGGGUGGUGAUGUUUUUGAUGAGAGGAUAAUAAUUUUUAUCUAUCCCAGCAUAAAGAUCACUUCCCCUCAAGUGACAAAAUGCCCUUCUCUGGGGACAGAUACUCUGUCCAUGUAUGUCUAUAUAAAGAAGCAAGUUGUAUGGAUGUCUGUCACUCUCAGAUGUAAUAAACAUUUUCCUAAUGAAUCUAAUAUUGUUUGUACCAGCCAAAUAAACUUUUUCCGGGUCCUUAUCUUC